AUGAAGUACGAAGGGAAGCUGUCGAAGAAUAUAAAGACGGACAGCAAAAGCUGCUUUAGAGUCCCAAUCAAACUGAAGCUGAAUCCGGACACUGCGCAUCCGAGACUCAUCCUGUCCAGUGACCUGACAGCCAUCAGACCUGAGCGAUUUGUGCAGUGGCACGGUGUCCUGGCAUCUCAGGGCUUCAAUACUGGGAGCCACUACUGGGAGGUCGAGGUCGGAAGGAACACCAUGUGGAGUGUGGGAGUGGUAAAAGCAUCGGUACUGAGGAAAGCGGAGUUCACACCGGAACCAAAAUCCGGUGCCUGGGUAUUGUGGCGUCUGGGAGAGGAAUAUACCACUAUGUCUUCACCACGUACUGCUCUCCCUGUUCCAGUCAAACCCCAGAGAUUGGGCAUGUACUUGAACUAUGAGGCUGGCCAGGUGACACUGUACAAUGCCGAUGACAUGUCACAUCUGUACACUUUCAGGGACAAAUUAUCUGAGAAACUCUAUCCUUACUUCUCAAAAGGUUGCAACAUUGAGUGUAUGCAAAUAGUCCACUUGCAUAUAUAGGUCUAUUUGGUGAACGUGGGGUCAACCUUUAUGGGGAGACACUUGAAACGGCGCUACUUCCAGUGGUUAUCAAUGUUAAUCAGUGCGUCCAACACUGUUCCUACCUGUAAACUGCCAUUUAUACUGUUUAACUCAAUUUGUAGAUAUUUAUAUCCCCAUCUGCUAAAAUUCCUGUCAAACACCUCUAUCACAUUCUUAUGCAUUAAAGUUUCCCUCACUACCCAUCUUUUGGGCCAAUCAACACUGAGCUUACCCACCUUCUUUUGGGGUGACGGAGGAAGUGAGGGAAAUCCACAUUAGGCAGGAAAUGGUGUUGGGUAGACUGGUGGGAUUGAAGUCUGACAAAUCGCCUGGGCCUGAUGGUCUGCACCCCAGAAAUCAUGGAUGCAUUGAUGAUCAUUUUCCAAUGUUCUAUAGAUUCAGGAUCAGUUCCUGUGGAUUGGAGGGUAGCUAAUGAUAGCCCACUUUAUAAGAAAGGAGGGAGAGAGAAAUUGAAUUAUAGACCAGUUAGCCUCACAUCGGUGGUGGGGAAGAUGCUGGCGUCAAUUAUAAAAGAUGAAAUAGCAGCAUAUUUGUAUCGCAAUAACAGGAUCAGUCCGAGUCAGCAUGGAUUUGCUAAGUAUGGAUGCAAGGUGACUUGGGUGAGUGGGCAGAUGAAUGACAUAUGCAGUUUAAUGUGGAUAAAUUUGAUAAUAUCCACUUUGGAGGCAAGAACAGAAAAGCAGAUUAUUAUAUGUUAGGAAAAGUGGAAGUACAACGUGAUCUCGGUGAAAGUAAGUAUGCAGGCACAGCAGGCAGUGAAGAAAGCCAAUAGCAACUUGGCCUUCAUAACAAGAGGAAUUGAUUAUUGCAGCAAAGAGUUAUUUCUACAGUUGUACGGGGCCCUAGUGAGUCCACGCCUGGAAUGUUGUGUGCAGUUUUGGUCCCCAAAUUUGAGGAAGGACAUUCUUGCUAUUGCUAUUGAGGGAGUGCUAUUGAGGUAGGUUCACGAGGUUAAUUCCCGGGAUGGCGGGACUGUCAUAUGUUGAAACAAUGGAGCGACUGGGCGUGUAACAACUGGAAUUAGAAUGAUGAGAGAGGAUCCUAUUGAAACAUCUGCGAUUAUUAAGGGAUUGGACACGCUAAAGGCAGGAAACAUGUUCCCAUCGUUUGGGGAAUCCAUAACCAGGGCCCACAGUUUAAGAAUAAGGGGUAGACCAUCUAGAAUGGAGAUGAGGAAAAACGCAUCACGUCUGAUAUUGAUGUUACUGUGUUAUUGAGCGUGUGUGUACAGGGGAUCACAAAUCGGUAUGAACUCUAUGGGCCGAAGGGCCUGUUUCCAUGCUGUAUCGUUCAAUUCAAUUCAAUAAAUCAUCUGCAACUUAGUCUAGGUGUUGUCCAAAUGAAUCACUGGCGGCACAGUGGCGCAGCGGUAGUGUUGCUGCUUUAUAGCGCCAGAGAGCCAAGUUCAAUCCUGACUAUGGGUGCUGUCUGUGUGGAGUUUGUACAUUCUCCCUGUGACGGCAUGGAUGCUCCAGUUGCCUUCCAAAUCUCAAUGACAUGCAGGUUUGUAGAUUUAUUGGCCUCUAAAUUGUCCCUCGUGUGUAGGAUAGAACUAGUGUAUGGGUGAUGGUGAUCGGUAUGGACUGAUUACACCCUGUUUCUCUAAACUAAUCUAAACAUCACAUUUCUCCAUAUUUCAUUUCCAAAUUCAGAGUUCAUUCUGAUAACCUACCAAUGUCCUCUUUAAACUGGUUACAAAAUCCUCCUCAUAGAUUAGCAUAUUAAUUUCAAAGGAAGGCUUUGAAAUUUGACGAGCAAAUAAAUCUACAAAUUAAUUUCUUCUUUGCGUUUAGCAUGUUAUCCAAUUUGGUGACUGUGGUGCAAAAUUAACUGACAAUGUUGCCUCAUAACUAUUUCAUUUCAUUCAACAAAACUAAGUCUGCAUAUGAAGGAACAAUACAUCAAUUGCGUGUAAACGAUGAACAGAUGUAUCAAUAACUGCAUAAUAUUAGUUGCAUUCAUUGCUUUCAAGUUUGAUAAUAAUCGUUAUCGAAACGUAGACAA